AUGUCCGACAUCCCGAACACCACACCUGGGGCUCCGGUCACUACUGAGCCACAUACGGUCAGUGAGCCCAUCAUUGCUGCUGGCGAGCACCAUCACACUGCUGUUCCUGAGACGACCGCACCUGUGACUGCUUCCAAUCGAUCCACCACCGCCACCGAGCCACUGCAGGAGAACCACCUCGCCACAGGGGGUGAGGCACCAUCGGGCGUCGCACCAGCGGCCCUCGCACCAGUGGAGGAGAAGAAGGUCGCCGCUGCUGAGAAAGCCGUCGAGCCUAUCACAGAGGGUCAGCUCGCCUACAAGGGCCCGGGUCUUAUAAAGUCCUUGGUGCCAUCCAAGAAGGAAUUCUGGCUGAGCGACGCGCCUGUGACAUCCCAUCACCUCGACCUCUACACCCGUGGCGAGAAGGCCGAGGUCUCCAACCCAGUCGUUGCAUGGGCAAGCCAGACCGGCAAGGGUCUCCUGUUCUUCAACAAGAAUGGUGAGACCGAGCGCACUCGCCCACACAGCGUUCUGCCUUUGUACGACGCCACCGACCUCAAGAAGGACCACCCGCAUGAAAUCAUCUUCAGGCUUCACGGUCAGCAGCACACUCUUAAGGCUACGAACGACGCUGAGCGCGAUGGUUGGUUCAUCUCCCUUGAGCGUGCUAUGGAGGUCGGCAAGGCCGAAAAGGCCACUAUCCAUGGCAGCGAAAGCUACAAGUCUGAGCACGACAAGCUGACCAAGCCAGCCUUCGCCGCUGCUGGUGUUGCUGGCGCCGGUGCUGCCGCUGCCCGAAGCAAGUCACACCCAAAGAACAACAAUGGCGAGGUCCGCCGUGCUGGUUCUGACGCCGACGAGGAGGCCGAGAAGAAGAAGAAGAAGAGCAGGUCCACUUCCCGCGGCAUGCUUGCUCGGCUCCAAGGCAAGAAGGAUGAGACUGAGGUCAAGCGCGAGGAAAAGAAGGAGGAGAAGCGCGAGGAGAAGGAGGAGAAGAAGCUCGAGAAGGAGGAGAAGAAGAUUGAGAAGGAGGAGGCCAAGCAUGAGAAGGCCGAGCUCAAGCACGAGAAGGAGGCCGAGAAGGCUGGUGUCAUUGCUGGCACUGGUGCUGCUCUUGAUGCUCCUGGCACUGCUGAGCGUGUUAUGGGCGCGCCAAUCGAGAACGAUCACUCCGGGGUCGCCGCUGCUGAGCACACUCCUGCUGUUGAUGCUGCCACUACUGCGCCAAUGACUGACUCGAAGAAGCCAGCCAAGCGCGGAUCCAUCUUCGGCCGUAUGCAGUCUGGCUUCUCCAGCAUCAAAAGCCCAACCAAGGAGAAGGACCUCAAGGAUGCUGAGCUCAAGCCGGAGGUGCCACCAAAGGACAUUGGUGUCUCCGAGACCGCACCUCAAAUCCCGGAGCCAGCUACUGAGCCUAUUCACACAACUGCGCCAGUCGAGUCCCUCGACAAGCUGGUUGAGCACUCUGGCAUGCCAGCUGAGGCAUCCAAGGCCAAGCUUGACGAGCUUGCAGCCAGCCAAGAGCCUAAGAAGAGCGGAUUCUUGUCUGGCCUGCCAUUCAUGAACAAGAGGGAGCGUAGCGUGAGCCCGUCUGCCGCCAUGAAGGAUGCACCAAAGAAGGAGGAGGUUCCGGCUCUGCCAACCAAGGAUGAGGCAGCUCUUGACCCACGCUCGGAGGAGCCUACGAAGCCCAUCGUUGAGCCGGCCACUGCCACUCCUGCGUUGACUAGCACUGAGCACACUGCCGCACCAGCCGCCGAGGAGCCGCUGAAGACCGAUGUUGAGACCACCUCACCCGUUGCCACUUCUCCUGGUGCCACUUCUCCUGCUUCCGACAACAAGCGUCAAUCUGUAUUCGGUAACUUUGGCAACCUUGGCCGACGCGCUAGCAAGGCGUUCCGCGGAAUGGGUGCUGGUGGUGCCGGUGCCUCUCCUGUCAAGAAGGAGGAGAACGUUGUCCCAGCUGCUUCCACGAACGAGCCUAAAGAGGACAUUCUCGAUACUGCUACACCCGUCACUGGCGCCACUCAUGGCACCCACGGCAUCGCCGCUGAGGAGCCGACCAUCAACGGCACCCACGCCGCCACCGAGCACGCGCACGAGCAGACCAAGACAAUUGGUGAUGUGACCUCGGACUCCGUCAACAUUGGUCAGGCCCACACCACCCCAACCGUCUCCGCGUCGGCCUAG